CCGCUACGCACGAGCGAUUAUAGGAGCGUCGACCAUGGCAACAAACCAAUCAGUUGUUCUUGAAACGAGUAUGGGUGACAUCCAGCUGGAGCUCUACUGGGACCAUGCUCCUCGUACAUGUAACAACUUCGCAGAGCUUGCAAAACGUGGCUAUUAUAAUGGUAUCAUCUUCCACCGCAUCAUAUCUGAUUUUAUGGUCCAAGGUGGAGAUCCCACGGGUACAGGUCGAGGCGGCACGAGUAUUUAUGGACAAAAAUUCGAGGAUGAGAUUCACCCGGAGUUGCGUUUCACAGGCGCAGGCAUUCUUGCCAUGGCCAACUCAGGGCCCAACUCAAACGGCUCUCAGUUCUUCCUGACGCUCGCGCCAACACCCUACUUAGACGGCAAACACACCAUCUUUGGGCGCGUGAGCUCAGGGAUGCGUGUGCUGCAACGUCUAGGAUCUGUUGCGGUUGAUACGCAAGACCGCCCACGGGAAGAUGUCAAGAUACACAAAGCUCGUACCCUCUGAUCACCCUCUUCUGUCUUCUGACGAUGUCUCUUUCGCGAACAACGCCGUGUUGAAUACCGAAGCGUCGUUUCGCCGCCUCCUCAACAAAAGCUUCUUUCUGCUGCAGGGAUGGAGAACUGACAGUGCGCAAAAGCUGGAUCCAUCAAUCACGCAGCACCAGCGUUUAUGUUUUCUAGCGAGUCCUAUAUGAUGUGCUAUCCAAAAAUAUGCGUCAAUUCAUC